UGCCCGAGGCGACCUCCCGCCCGCGGCGCCUCUGCGGGAGGCGCGCUCUCGGGCUCCCCCGCGCCCGCCCGCAGGGCCCCGCAGGCUCCCCGGACCGGGACCGCCGGGGCUUGGGGAACGCGGCGGACUCGGCGGAAGUCGGUGCGUGGAGUUGGGACCUUAGGAGGAGGGGCCGGUCGUCUGGGACUCGGGGCCGCCUGCAGCACCCCACUUUCCCCCAAACUCAACAGGGAGGCUUACCCGCGGCGGGGGAAGGGAAUUAACCCCCUGCCCGUCCGCCCCAGGUCACGGCCAAGUCUUCCCAGUGGCAGCGGUUCGCGAUGGGGUCCCAGGUCUCCAUGGAAGUGAGAGGCGUGCACGUGGUGAUCGUAGGCGGGGGCUUUGGCGGGAUAACGGCCGCCAGCCAGCUGCAGGCACUGAACAUCUCCUUCACGCUGGUGGACAUGAAGGACUCCUUCCACCACAACGUGGCAGCCCUGCGGGCCUCCGUGGAGACCGGGUUUGCCAAAAAGACAUUCAUCCCCUACGCGAAGAGUUUCAAGAACAGCUUCCGGCAGGGCGUAGUGGUUGAGAUCGAUCUGAAGAAUCAGGCGGUGGUGCUGGAGGAUGGCGAGACUCUGCCCUUCUCGCAUCUGAUCCUGGCCACGGGCAGCACUGGGUUCUUCCCUGGCAAGUUGAACCAGGUCUUCAGCCAGCAGGAGGCCAUUCAGGCCUACGAGAACAUGGUGAAGCAGGUCCAGUGCUCACAGUCCAUCGUGGUGGUGGGUGGAGGCUCUGCCGGAGUGGAGAUGGCAGCGGAGAUUAAAACCGAGUACCCUGAGAAAGAGGUCACUCUGAUUCACUCCCAGAUGGCCCUGGCUGACAAGGAGCUCCUGCCCUGUGUCCGGCAGGAGGCAAAGGAGAUCCUGCUCCAGAAAGGCGUGCAGCUGCUGCUAAGUGAACGGGUGAGCAACAUGGCAGAGCUGCCUUUCAACGAGUAUCGCGAGUGCAUCGUUGUGCAGACGGACAAAGGCACCGAGGUGGCCACCAACCUGGUGAUUGUCUGCAACGGUAUCAAGAUCAACAGCUUUGCCUACCACCGUGCGUUUGAUAGUGGACUGGCCAGCAAUGGUGCUCUGAGGGUGAACGAGUACCUCCAGGUGGAGGGCUACAGCCACAUCUACGCCAUCGGCGACUGUGCUGACGUGAAGGAGCCCAAGAUGGCCUACCAUGCCGGCCUCCAUGCCAACAUCGCCGUGGCCAACAUCAUCAACUCCAUGAAACAGAAGCCCUUCAAGGCCUAUAAACCAGGUGCGCUGACGUUCCUCUUGGCCAUGGGCAGAAACGACGGUGUGGGCCAGAUCAGCGGCUUCUAUGUGGGGCGGUUCAUGGUUCGGCUGGCCAAGAGCCGGGACCUGUUCGUCUCCACGAGCUGGAAAACCAUGCGGCAGUCUCCACCCUGACGAGGAGGCUGGGCCGGAGACGAGGCACCACCGUCACCCAGGAACGGAUUGCCUGGCAAGUGGUACCCGCCUGACAGCAGCCAAAGGGCACUCUUUCUGGAGUGAGAUGCCACUGAUGUACUCACCAGAAACACAACUUACUGAAAAUCAAAAAUGGAGAGGAAAGAGAAAGAGAGAGGGAAACGGAGGGAGAAAGACGAAAAGGACACCCCCUAGAGGAUUCUUUCUGGGUUUGGCGAGGCCGAAUGCUUCACUUGGUUCUGGGAGUGCGAAGCCAGCCUUCUGCAUCACAGGCCCCCCUUGGAUGUGUGCUUGUGCAGGCUCUGGGUCUCCUGAGGGCUGGCUUCCUGUGUGUAGGGCGGGAAGGAGGGCCUGCCGAGUGAGACCAGCUCAGGAAGGGGGUCUCGCACCCCAGUCUUGCCCGUUCAGAGGGCGGGCAAGCCCACACAUCCUGCAAUACUCCAGUUGUCAGUGGGAGGCCGGUUUUAAACUGUUAGUCCCGGUAGUCUUUAAUCUUAACAAAACUUUCUAUAUUUCAAUUUUUAUACCAUAUAUGCUAUGAUUCUAUAUCACAGGUUAUAUUUAAGAAGAAAGAGGUAAAAAUUUCCCUGUUGGUUGGUCCAUGCUAACAGUGAGUUUUUACUAAGCUGAGGGAGUUAAGAGUGAGACCUGGAGGUGCUAAGGGGAGGCAGCCGAGCUGUGAGGCCUGUGGAAGGGUCGCCAUCGGUUCACAUCCAGGGAGCAGACAAGCCCGUGUGCUUCCAGGCUGCUGUCACGAGCAAAGUUACAAGUGAAAAACUCCUUUGUGGUUUUGUGCUUCUGGCUUCUUGGCCAACCCUAAUGUCAGUUAUCUGAAGUCCCGGGCUGGUAGGGAGGAUGCCUGCCAGCAGCUGUGCUAAGGGUUUACUGACUCCUCUGCUUGGGAGAGAACUUCAAUCUGGAGGAGCCUAUUUGGGACCCCGUAAGUUCACUCUACAGCAGAAGUGGUUGAUGAGUUCAUCCGAAUAAACUCAGGUUCCUGCCCUGCCCGGCCUGCCCCUCCCUGCUUACCUUUGAUGUGGCCUCUGGCUACUUGGCUAGAGUCCUUGGACACCAGCCUCACGGGGCUCUCACUGCAUCCCGUCUGGGCUGUGGCCUGGGAUACUGAGACAUGUGCCUCUCCCCCAAGCACGGCUUCCCCACGGGGGCAUCGCCCAGGGCUGAGUUCCUAUGGACCAAGGCCAACGACCCCCCCCCCCCCUUCUGGAAGCAGGACCCGACGCCUGAGAAACAGGCCCUUCUGUGCUGUCUGACCUGGGACCUACCUAGCAUGGCGGGAGCCAAAGCCCACUGGAGACAGGCCUCAUUCUGAUCAUAACAUUCUAGACGUGCCCACACCCAUGGGGACAGUUUUCCAAACAGGAAAAUGUUGCAAUAAAAGAAUAUGUUGUAAGAAA